CGAUCUCUCACUUUUUUCUUUAUCGAUUUUAUUUUCUUAUUUUUACUCCAUCACCUUGAUUCCGGUCUUACCCAUGAAGCGUUGGCUGAUUUUAUGGCUUCCGCUCCAACUCUUACUCAAGGUUGAAGGUUUACCGACAAAAUCUGUGCUCGUCGAUGCACAGCGGUCAUCAUCAUUUUACCACCUCAACCUUGACGCAUAUUAUAAUAACAAAGGGUUCGGAACAGGUGCAGAUCUAGAUGGUCGCGGAUCGUACAUUACUGCGACCGAGCACUUGAAUAAUACGGCGUCGAGCAAUCUUGUACAAUACAAGACAGCAUUUGGGAAUGCCGCUGACAACGUCAAAGCAAAUGGUCAAACUAUUCAAUUUCCUACAAAGGAGAUAUUGGGAGCACUUUACAUGCUGGUGACAGCAACAGUGGGUCCCAUGGCCACUCAUGUGACGGUGACCUAUGCGGAUGGUUCUACCGAUUCUACGGCGCUGGAUGUACCUGACUGGCGAGCGCCUGAUGUUGGCUUUUUGGAUCGUAUCACGGUGGUUUCUGCCAAAGAUAACCGCAACGAUGCCAUCGCUUUAUUUUCUAUUCCUGUCCUUGUCGACCCUAGACGCGGUCCGGCUAUUUCCAUGUCGCUGCCGCCAUCCGUCAGUUCAUCUUCCGAUACAACGUUGCACGUCUUUGGCAUCACCGCCUAUCAAGCAACACAAUCAGGCUUGCUGGUUACGUUUGCUAAAGCGACUUCUUGCUUCCUAGAAACCAACACCAUGCAAGGGCCACCUCAUCCACUGGUCAAUAUUGAACUCCAUAACACUGGAAAAUUGUGGGCGAACCAUAUCCGAGUUCGAAUAUUUGGAAAUGGCAUUACCUCUACAGAAGAGACUGUCUUGACCAGUCUGGCGCCAGGUCACCGUCAAUUGGUAGAUGUAGCCAUCGACUGCCCGCACUGCCCUGAUAUUUUAACACCCGUUCCAGUGACAGUUGAAGUUGAGAGUGUGAAUGAUCAUCGUCAAGUGGUAAAAACAUCGGUUUCUCUCGUUUUGAAUUUAGCAACGCAGAGCUUUAAUAAAAUGGAAAGGUCGUUACAACGUCAUUGUUCGCCUCGCUGGCUUCAAAGGGCAAAGUUUGGUAUCUUUAUCCACUGGGGUGUAUACAGCGUGCCAGCAUGGGCGCCCACGGGAAAAGAAUACGCCGAGUGGUACUGGUGGCAGAUGAAUCAUGUCAAUGAUCCAACCCAUCAAUAUCAUCGCGAGCAUUACGGUGAAAAUUUCGCCUAUGACGAUUUUAUCCAACAGUGGAAUACAACUUUAUUCAAUCCUCGACACUGGCUUGAUUUGAUCAGCGCAUCAAAUGCUCGAUAUUAUGUGUUUACCACGAAACAUCAUGAUGGCAUUGCUUUAUUCAAUACAUCCCUCACCGAUCGUUCAACCGUCGCUUUGGGACCACGCCGUGAUUUUGUGAACGAGCUGCUUUCUGUAUCCAAGAGCGACUAUCCCGGAUUAAGGCGGGGAUUAUAUUUUUCACUUCCCGAAUGGUAUCAUCCAAAGUACCAAGACGAUUCAUUAGGAUGGCAUGGUCCUCCGUACAAUCCAUACACGAACAAGCCCAUACCUUAUACCGGUUAUGCAGCCGUCCAGGAUUUUGUGAAUGAGCUGCAAGUACCGCAAAUCAGAGAACUUAUCCACCAAUAUGAGCCUGAUAUUAUGUGGUGUGAUAUUGGCGGUAUCAACAACUCGACAGAAUGGCAAGCAGAGUACUACAAUCAAGCCAGAGCACACGGUCGAGAAGUGGGUGUCAACGAUCGUUGCGGCAAUUCAGUUUCGGAUUUCCAAACGGUUGAAUAUAAAAAAUUGGAUUACGUUCCAGCGAGGUUAUGGGAGGCCACCCGAGGAAUUGAUCCGUAUUCGUUUGGAUUUAAUCGAGCCACGACCGAUGAGCAGUACGCCAGUGUAACGAGUCUGAUUCAGGAACUCGUCGAUACGGUAGCAAAAGGGGGAAACUUUUUACUAAAUAUCGGUCCCGAAGCUUCAGGUGAUAUUCCACGUCCUAUGCAGAGUCGAUUGCAAGCCAUUGGUCUAUGGCUAAACACAGUGGAGAAAAGCAUCUUUGACGCGGAACCGUACUGGGUACAAAAAGAGGAAUCGUCAUCAUCGCUUCGUUUCACCAUAGCACGGGAUGGCCUGAGCAUGUACAUUUUUGCCUUUGAUGCGCCAUCCGCUUCUCAGUUGGUUGUUACCACUCCUAUUGCUGUGCUUGAUACGCAAGAAAACACGGUGAUCCAAUUGAUGAACUCGCAACAACCGGUCACUUGGCAUAUCGACGAAAAAGCAUCACUUGUCAUUGAUGUAACAAAUAUUAAUUUUGAUCCAAACCAUCAUGUCUGGGUAUUUCAGAUAACGAGGCAUCUAUAAUUGGAACCAAAAAGGCAUCCGAACCAAGCUAAAAUCACUUCAUCAUAAUUUCUUUCAUCUUCGAUUUCC